AUGCCCACCGUAGAUGACGUUCUAGAGCACAUUGGGGAAUUUAACUUAUUCCAGAAACAAACCUUCUUUAUUUUGUCCCUGGUUUCUGCCGUCUUCGGCCCCAUCUAUGUGGGAAUUGUUUUCCUGGGCUUCACCCCGCAUCACCAUUGCCUGAAUCCUGGAGUUUCAGAGCUAAGCAAACGAUGCGGCUGGAGUUUGGAAGAGGAGCUGAAUUACACAGUGCCAGGCCUGGGUGUACCAGAAGAUGCUUUUACCAGCCAGUGCCAGAGAUACGAUGUGGACUGGAACGAAACAGCCCUCAGCUGUACGGAACCUUUAGCCAAUUUUACCAGCAAAAAGAACUCCAUCCCUCUUACCACCUGUCAGGAUGGCUGGGUAUAUGACCCUCCAGGCCCCACCAUUGUCACUGAGUUUAACCUGGUAUGUGCUGAUUCAUGGAAGCUGGACCUAUUUCAAUCGGUUAUGAAUGUCGGAUUUUUUAUUGGCUCUAUGAGCAUUGGUUACAUAGCGGACAGGUUUGGUCGUAAGCCGAGCCUCUUAAUUACAAUUCUCAUAAGUGCUGUUUCGGGAGUACUCAUGGUCCUUUCUCCAAGCUACACCUGGAUUUUAAUCUUCCGAUUUAUCCAAGGACUGGUCAGCAAGGCUGGGUGGUUAAUGGGCUACAUCCUGAUCACUGAAUUUGUCGGCCUGAAGUACCGGAAGACUGUGGGAAUUUGUCUCCAAAUGGCUUAUACCGUGGGCCUCGUGAUUCUGUCAGGGGUUGCUUAUGCUCUGCCUUCCUGGAGAUGGCUACAGCUCACAGUUUCCCUGCCCUACUUCUGUUUCUUGCUCUACUAUUGGUGCCUUCCAGAGUCUCCCAGAUGGUUGCUCUCUCAAAAUAAGGAAGAAAAGGCCAUGGAAAUUAUUAAGCACAUUGCAAGGAAAAAUCAGAAACCUCUGCCAACCUUUCUUCAGAGCCUUAAACCUGAUGAGGAUACCAGUAAAAAGAUGAAUCCUUCAUUUCUUGACUUGAUCAGAACCCCUCAGAUAAGGAAGCAUACGCUGAUCUUGAUGUACAACUGGUUCACAGGUGCUGUGCUUUAUCAGGGACUCAUCAUGCACAUGGGACUUGCAGGUGGGAAUAUCUAUUUGGAUUUCUUCUAUUCUGCCCUGGUUGAGUUCCCAGCUGCUUUCAUAAUCAUCCUCACCAUUGAUCGCAUUGGCCGUCGCUACCCUUGGGCUGCAUCAAAUAUGGUGGCUGGAGCAGCCUGUCUCAUCUCAGUUUUUCUUCCCGAUGAUCUAAUGUGGCUAAAAGUCAUAGUUGCAUGCCUGGGUAGAAUGGGGAUCACGAUGUCCUAUGAAAUGGUUUGCCUGGUCAAUGCUGAAUUGUAUCCCACAUUCAUCAGGAAUCUUGGUGUAAUGGUCUGCUCUUCCAUGUGCGAUAUUGGUGGAAUUGUAACACCAUUCAUUGUCUACAGGUUGUCUGAGAUCUGGCAUGACCUCCCCCUAGUGGUUUUUGCUGUGGUUGGCUUAAUUGCUGGAAUGUUAGUAUUGAUGUUACCUGAGACCAAAGGGAAGGCCUUACCUGAGAACAUUGAAGAAGUUGAAAAUAUGCAGAGACAAAGAAAAAAAAAAGAGAAAAUCAUUUACCUCCAGGUCCAGAAACCAGAAGUUUCACACAACUAAGAAGAAAGGAAAUUACCCCCCCAGACUUUCAUGACCCAAAGCCUGGAAACAGAAUGAUUCACUCCACACAACCCCAUAUAAUCUUACUCCCUUCGUACCUCCUAAUCUUAGAUCUAUAUCCUAAUAGAGCCUGUCAUGCUAUUGGUCCAGAGGACCAAGGGUGCUACAUCUUGUCAAACCCCUCCAGCUCUCUCCAGGUCCCAGAAUUUCCAGGAUGGUGACUAAUCACUUUGUAUGGGAAUUGUUCCAUCUUUGAAUUUCCAUUAUGGACCCCUUUCUCCAUAGUUACUUGUGCCCAGGAAACAAUGAAAGUGGCGGGAGGGAGCUGGGAAGAAACACAAGAGCUUAUAAAAGAAGACAACGUGUUUUCCUAAUUGAAGGAAACUAUCAAAGUCAAUGCUGAUAAUCCACAAUGGCUAAAAAUAUUUUUUGAGUAAGCCCUUCUGUACAAUGAAUGAAGACAUUUCCAAAUACUGUGCUUAUUUUCUGUGGCCUACUUGAAUGCUUACUAUGUGAUUAAGAAGAACUCAGAAUAACAAUACUGCAGAGGAAUCAAUUUUUCCCUUUUGUCUUCAGACUGGAUUGUAACUGAGCAAUCCUGUACCAAUGCUAACAAAGUCCUUCUUGAAAGAUCUGGAAAGGGGCUGUGACAACUGGUCUGGUGCCUCUUAGGAUGACAUCAUUAAGGGCACGCAGAUGGUAAAGAUUUUACAAGCUGGUGAAAACUACAAAGGCACAUUUUUUUGGUUUUCUAUACUUACCUACAAGACUAAGGUGAAAAUGUUAUUGAGUUUGGCCAAGGCUGAAACAGUAAUAAUAACGCCACUUUGGGAUAGAGAACUCUGUUAGUAAGCGUCAGAGCUAUAUAUCCAAGCCAGGGCCUCUAAAGCCGAUUCUAGUGGUCUUUUCUUUAUACCCCACAAGAUCAAGUGGUUUGUGAAAGGGACGGAUAACAUAAAAGGCCAGGAGAAAGAAGUUAGGUAGUUAGGCUGGGGGUCAAGAAGACAUGAGUUAGAAUCUUGCCUCAGAUACUUAACUAGCUUUGGAAUCCUUAGGAAAUCACUUAACCACUCACUGUGUCUCAGUUUCCUCAUCUGUAGAGGGGGAAGGGAAUAAGCACGUAUAUAUAGUGCCUAGUGUGUGCCGGUCACUGUGCUAGGCAUUUUUAAAAAUAAACAUUAUCUUG